AUGUCAUAUCAACCGGGACAAGGACACGGCCAGGAGGACAACCAGGAGGACAACCAAGAGUACAGCCAAGGCUAUUACUAUGGGUACAAUCAAGAAGAAUACAAUCAAGGAUACGACCAGGGGGGUACCUAUUAUCCUUCCUUUAGUCAGGGGGGUGAUUGGACCCAAACAGCCGGGCAGUAUUCUGGAAACGCUUAUGCCUAUCCCUCUCAGGAACCAGUUGUUGAUGGCACAUACUCGAUGCAAACUGGCGACUCCGCUUCUUACUUCAACACAGCAACACAAGCAGAAGGUGAUGAUGAUGAGGGGUGGCCUCGAUUGAACGAAGACGGGAAGUGGAUUUUCCGCAAAGUGGACAUUGAUAUCACUGGGUAUUAUAAAGGGAAACGCGACUCUUGGAAGUGCCAGUAUGAAGAUUGCAACAAGAAAUUCAAGACCGAGUCUGAGGUUAAUUCUAUGCUCGGACUGCGAUUCUACAAAUGCUUCUCAAAAGGACAUGAGAAGGCACUAUGA